AUGGCCGACAACUCGGCCUUGGCGGCCGCCGCCGCCAUCGUGAAGAGCCUGGCACAGGACUCUCACGCCCCCUCGUCCGCACACCGGGGUGCAGGGAAGCUCAUUGAGCUCCCAGGUGCAGACACAUUCGAGAAGCACCAGCUGGAGCGGGAGCUCGCCGCUCUCGUGUCACGAGUUCACCAGCUCGAGACGAGAGCAAACUCGACCGGUAUCGCCAACUUCCCCGACACGCCUAACGAAACCGCUGAUUCGGUGUUUGGUGAUGAUGCAGCAUCAUCACCUUCAGGAAUCGGUCGAGACGCCUCCAAAUCGAGACCCGGAAGCAUAGGGCGGAACGGGAAUAGCGGCGAGAAGUCUGUCCCCCUGACAGACGAGGCGCUCGAAGGCCUCCGAGAGCACGUCGACGACCAGUCAAAACUACUCGACAGCCAGCGGCAAGAGCUUGCCGGCGUCAAGGCCCAGCUCAUACAACAAGAACAGCUGCAGGAAAGGGCACUCGCGAUAAUAGAGCAAGAACGUGUUGCGACCCUCGAGCGAGAGCUAUGGAAGCACCAAAAAGCCAACGAGGCGUUCCAGAAAGCCCUUCGCGAGAUCGGCGACAUCUUGACCGCUGUGGCGCGUGGUGACCUCUCCAAGAGAGUGCGCCUCAAUACGGUAGAAAUGGACCCCGAAAUCACCACAUUCAAACGGACGAUAAAUACCAUGAUGGAUCAGCUCGGCGAUUUCUCCUCGGAAGUGUCACGUGUAGCUCGCGAGGUCGGUACGGAAGGAAUUCUGGGCGGCCAAGCUCAAAUCGAAGGCGUCGCUGGUACCUGGAAGGAACUGACCGACAAUGUGAAUAUAAUGGCCCAAAAUUUGACUGAUCAAGAGAUUGCAACUGUAACGACUAGUGUAGCCCACGGAGACCUUACCAAGAAGAUUGAGCGGCCCGCAAGGGGUGAGAUUUUCCAAUUGCAGCAGACCAUCAACACCAUGGUUGACCAGCUUCGAACCUUCGCUUCCGAGGUCACCAGAGUGGCCAAAGACGUCGGAACAGAAGGCAAGCUAGGAGGACAAGCCGAUGUGAAUGGUGUGAAAGGCAUGUGGAAUGAUUUGACUGUCAAUGUCAAUGCCAUGGCAGACAAUCUCACGACACAAGUGCGCGAUAUUAUCAAGGUUACGACUGCAAUCGCAAAGGGAGAUCUCACGCAGAAAAUCGAGGCUCAAUGCAAAGGAGAGAUAUUCGAGCUGAAGAACACGAUCAACUCCAUGGUGGAACAACUACAGCAAUUUGCCCGGGAAGUUACGAAAAUUGCCAAAGAGGUCGGUACCGAGGGACGCCUGGGUGGCCAAGCCACUGUACACGAUGUUGAAGGGACUUGGAAGGACCUCACGCAAAAUGUGAACGGUAUGGCCAUGAACCUCACGACACAAGUCAGAGAAAUAGCAACGGUCACAACUGCAGUCGCGAGGGGUGAUUUGAGCAAACGAAUCAGCGUCGAAGCCCAGGGCGAGAUCUUGGAUCUCAAAAACACCAUCAACACCAUGGUGGAUCGUCUGUCUACAUUUGCGUUUGAAGUGUCCAAAGUCGCACGAGAAGUCGGAACGGAUGGAACCCUCGGUGGCCAAGCUCAGGUCGAGAAUGUGGAGGGCAAGUGGAAAGAUCUCACAGAGAACGUCAACGUCAUGGCGUUAAAUUUGACCACUCAGGUCAGGGGCAUCUCCAGUGUUACACAAGCCAUUGCGAAUGGUGACAUGAGCCGCAAAAUCGACGUCGAAGCUAGGGGCGAGAUACUCAUACUGAAGGACACCAUCAACGACAUGGUUGACCGACUCAAUAGCUUCUGUAAUGAAGUGCAACGAGUAGCCAGGGAUGUCGGUAUUGACGGCAUUCUUGGCGGUCAAGCAGACGUCGCAGGGUUAAAGGGGAGAUGGAAGGAGAUCACGACAGAUGUCAACACAAUGGCUAACAACUUGACGGCCCAAGUGCGCGCUUUCGGGGACAUCACUAACGCUGCCACCGACGGGAACUUCACCAAGAUAGUGGAAGUAGAAGCCUCUGGGGAGAUGGAUGAGCUGAAGAGGAAGAUCAACCAGAUGGUGUUCAACCUCAGGGACAGUAUCCAGAGAAACACCCAGGCCCGAGAGGCUGCCGAACUGGCCAACAAGACGAAAUCCGAAUUCCUGGCGAACAUGUCGCACGAGAUCCGGACACCCAUGAACGGCAUCAUCGGAAUGACACAGCUUACGCUCGACACCGAUCUGACUCAAUACCAAAGGGAGAUGUUGAACAUAGUCAAUAGCUUGGCAAACAGCUUGCUCAUCAUCAUCGACGACAUUCUCGAUCUGUCCAAGAUCGAGGCAAGACGCAUGGUUAUCGAAGAGAUCCCAUAUACGUUACGAGGCACAGUCUUCAACGCCCUCAAGACGUUAGCGGUCAAGGCGAACGAGAAGAACCUGGAGUUGACAUACCAGGUCGACAGCUCGGUUCCUGAUCAUGUCGUGGGUGAUUCGUUCAGACUAAGGCAGAUCAUUCUCAACUUGGUCGGAAACGCCAUCAAAUUCACGGAGCACGGCAAGGUCAGCCUCCAGAUUCAAAAGUCAAAUCUUGAGGUCAAGAAGGACGAGUACGCUAUUGAAUUCGUGGUCAGUGAUACCGGCAUCGGUAUACCGGCUGAUAAGCUCGACCUCAUCUUCGACACCUUCCAGCAAGCUGACGGCUCCAUGACCCGGAAAUUUGGAGGUACAGGUCUCGGCUUGUCCAUCUCAAAGAGACUGGUCAACUUGAUGGGAGGUGAUAUUCGAGUGGAAAGUGAGCUUGGGCACGGCAGUGCGUUCUUCUUCACCUGCGUUGUACGAUCGGCCGUCGACGACGUCUCAUAUAUCGCGAAAUCGUUGAACCCCUAUAAGGGGCACGAGGUGCUCUUCAUCGACAAGGGGAACACCGGUCACGGAUCUGGGAUAGCGCAGAUGCUUCGGGGCCUGGGCCUUUUGCCCUCGAUUGUGGAUUCAGAGAAAGACCCAAUCCUUGUUAAGCAGCGCGAGAAGGGCACCACACCGUAUGAUGUUAUCAUUGUGGAUGAUCUGGAUACUGCGAGGAGGCUGCGGGCUAUUGACGACUUCAAGUACCUCCCUAUCGUUCUCUUGGCGCCUGUUGUACACGUCAAUCUGAAGUCGUGCCUCGACUUGGGCAUUACCUCGUACAUGACGACACCAUGCAAACUGAUCGAUCUCGGCAACGGCAUGAUCCCGGCACUCGAGAACAGAGCUGCGCCCUCACUGGCCGACAACACGAGGUCUUUUGACAUCCUUUUGGCCGAAGACAACGCCGUCAAUCAGAAGCUUGCUGUCAAGAUUCUUGAGAAGUACCAUCACGUCGUGACAGUCGUGGGUAACGGCGAAGAGGCAGUACAUGCUGUGCAGAAGAAGAAGUUCGACGUCAUUCUCAUGGACGUCCAAAUGCCAGUAAUGGGAGGCUUUGAGGCCACUGGCAAAAUCCGAGAGUAUGAGCGCAGUCUUGGGUCACAACGGACGCCAAUCAUAGCCCUCACAGCCCACGCCAUGAUGGGCGACAGGGAGCGGUGUAUCCAGGCUCAAAUGGACGAGUAUCUUUCCAAGCCUCUGCAACAAAACCACCUCAUACAGACGAUCCUUAAGUGCGCAACCCUUGGCGGCGCUCUGGCCGGGAACCGGGACCGGGACAUAUCGCGACAAGCUGAUGCUAAGGCCGCGGGAACCCGCGUUCCCACCGACCUGUCGGGAAACUACCUGCGGCCACAGAGGCCAGCGCUACAUUCACACGGCUCAGACAUCGUAAAAGGCCGGAUGGACAGCCCUGCUUUGGUGUCAGCUGACCAGGAGGACCCAUUGGCAAGGGCACGUAACAGCCUCUCCGCUCCUCCCGCCGGGCAAAAGCGCAAGCGUUAG